UUCUCAGAAACUGCUCAACACGUUCAACUUCUCUUUUUCGAGAAAUUCUGAAAGGACGUCGCACAUUUUUUUAGUUGCUGUUGGAAGAGGUCAAUCCUGUCUUGUCUUUAACCCGCAGACUCUCUUUAUUUACAGCAGAUGCCACGGGAAUUCUGGCUUUCUUGCAAUUUUUCAACCCUUUCAAUGAGUUUUAGGGAUUGAUGAAUGGUGAAUUUGGAGUUUUGGGAACUUCAGUGAGGAUUAUUGGGUUUCUCAUACAUUCGGUGAUCAAUUCUGAUUUUGGUUAUUUUCUUGGAUAUAUAGUGCUGGCUCUGUGUUGUUUUUAGGAAUUUUUCAAUUUUAUUUGAUUCACUGACGGCCUCAUCUCUGAUUUUGGAUUAAAUAGGAAGGAAAGUUUGUUGCACUAUCUGGGACUCAAAUUCAUUUGUUUGCAAAUUUAAGUUAGGAGUUGGUACAUUGGAUUGGCUGUAAAAGCUAUGGAUCUAGGUAGGGAACGUUCAAUAGGAGAUGGGGAUUCAGAGGAGAUGGACAGAGAACCUUCUGGGGACACUCCUCUUAUGGGUGCCCCCUUCUAUCAAUCCCGUUUUCCAGGCAUGGUGAGACAGAAAGCCUAUAUAUUUGAUGGUUUUGGAAAUUAUUUCAACAAAGAAUGGGAUCUUGCUGAAGGCAGAGGCAAUGAAUUCUGUUGGUACCAUGUAGAACUUCCAAAAAGUAACCAGAAACUAUCACUGUCAGCACAAUGCCUCAUUGAUGUUCUUUGCCCUCCUUUGAAGCUCCAAGACAUUUUGGCACUAGUUAGCAAUGGACCAUAUUGUACUCAUGUUGAUGGGGCUCUUGUGUUUAGAGUUAAUUCUCCUGGCCCUCCUUCUAGUGAUUUUACGUUUAGAUUAGCUGCUAGAGUUACUGAGAAUUCAGUAAUUACUGUCUCAUUAGGUCGGGUUCCAAGAUUGGGUUUCUCGCCAAUAGGUCAGUCUCUACUCUCGGAGAUUCCUAGUGUGGAGAGUCCCCCUUCCCAUGAAGGGGAGCAAAAGGAACACGGUGGAAUUGUGAUUAAGGAGCAUGUUCUUGAGUUCUUACUAACAAUGAACCACUCUGAGGAGGCUGAUAAUCCUGUUCCAAGAAGCGUCUCAAAUCUUGUUGUUCACAUUAUUGACACACAUAUUGAUCACCUUCAAGAUGUGGUGACUAAACUUGAGAUAGAGCUAGAUUCUGUGGAGAUUGAACUUGACAAAGGUGGUUAUACUUUGAAGAAACAAAUGCUUGACGAUAGAAGAUUCCCUAAAAUGCAUCUUAAUCUACAACGUCUACUGCAGGUGAUUGCAUAUGGGGAGCAAGUAUUUCCACGAGUAAAAGAAAAAUGCUCGCCAAAAAGAUGGUUUUCCAUUGAAGACAUUAAUUCUCUAGAAGAGUUAAUUGGACAGCUGAGAAGGCUAAAAGAGAAUGCGGGGUUUAUUGCAAAUCGUAUCACAGCAAUUCAGGCCAGUCUGGAUAGCUGGCAAUCUGAGCAAAUAAAUAGGAAACUGUAUUAUCUUUCUUUCCUUUCAAUUGUGUUCCUUCCACUGUCUGUGAUCACUGGAGUGUUUGGCAUGAAUGUGGGAGGAGUUCCAUGGACAGGGCAAAAGGACCCAGAGUUGCAAGAUGGAUUCCGUAAUGUAAUGUUCCUCUGUCUGGUAAUGUUAAUUCUCCUGCUGCUGUGUUUCCUUUUCCCUUCACUUUACGUACGUUUAGCUGCUUGGAGGAGGAGGUGGGCUACAAGAAGAAGCUGGUCCUUCAACAGGAAGUCAUUUCUUUACAGAACCCAUGGGGGUGAAGAAAGAGGUGGUUACCUUCGCAUUUGAGCAAGUAAUCAACAAUAAUCUGAUAAUAUCACUGCAUGUAUUGGUUCAGGCUGAUUCACCUUGAUUUACUUCAGUCACACAAUUUAUCUUCUGAACUAGUAAAUGGUUCUUGAAUGACAAGUGCCUUCUCACAUAUAGCCAUUAGACAAUCAUCAGUAAAAUUAUUGACCCAUUGCCUAGAAAAUUCAAUUCUUUACACAAAUUUUCAGUAUGGUGGAAAUUUAGGUGAGCCUGUUUCCUAAUUGAUUCUGUUGGUAUUCAAACUUCGAUUGUAACUUACUGAUCUUUUUGAAACCUUUGAAGACAAUGUACAGGUUAUAACAUCUACCUUUCUUAAUGUA